AUGACCUACAUGAACAAGUUUACUGCAACAUGUCACAUUACCAAGUCACCAACGCUGCAAAGCCCCAACAAAACCCCUCAAAGACUUCUUCAACCUCCAAACACCCUCAAACCCAUCGCCCAUGGCUCCCUUCAGAACCCUCUUUUCAUUUCCCUAACAACCCACAAACCCUUCUCACGCUUCUCCAUCGCCUACAGAUUCUUCACAUCCACACACCAAACCGAAAACCAAACCAGACCCAGAAAGCCUCUGGACCUCCUCUUCAAAGAGGCCGUCGAGCUCUCCCCAAAACCCGAAAACUCCGACAGCGAAGCUGAAACCAAAGACAACCAGUUGAAGAAGAGCUUGAGGGAUUUGGAGGAGGAGGUCAGGAGCUUGAGAGCCGAAAACAAAGUGAAGAACAGAGAACCCAAAUCGGAUUCUGAGGGCGAAGUCAGUUUAUACGCAGUGUUCACGAACAAGAAGCCAGCGGAUGGCGGCGGUAGGAAGCGGAAAGAGGUUACGAGAGAGAGGUCGAAUGUGUUGAAGGAUUUGUCGCAGGAUAUGGAAGUGGUGGCGAGCCAUUUGUUCAAAGAAGGGUACUUUAAAGAUGCCAAUUUCUUGUUUGUGAAUGGUGAUAGGUUGGAUUUUAGCAGCUUCAACAACAGCUACGGCUGCAGUUUCAUAAGGUUUACGGUCGAAAGUUUUGCCAGAGACAACCAGGCAAUUGCAAAAUGGUUGUCAGGCUCGGACUUGAAAAAGGUGGCCCUCCUUGGUUGCCCUUCCCCUGCAAGAAAGAGUGACAUUCCAGAAGACAAAUCGUGCAAGCUUGCAAAUCAGAAUGUGUGGAACGGAGGCGCCAAGAAUUUGUAUCUUAGAGAUGUUAUGAAUACUAUCACAUUACAUGCCCUGGAUACUGUGCCUCCAGAGCUGGUUGUCCCCGACGAAGUUAAGUCUUCUGUUAGUCGACUGCUAAAGGAGGUUUUGAAGCCAAGUCAAGCUACUUUGUGA